AUGCCAAUAUCAGACGUGCUUCUCCAUCCAGAGUACAAGCAUUUUAAAGAGAAGGAGAGUAUUGCUAUCCUGAAAAUGAUCACUCCGAUAAAAUCCAAAUACGUAUUACCAGCGUGUUUGCCAUUUAAAAACUUCUUAAUAGGUAAAAAUGGAAGACAGACAACGGAAAAAUUGUUUCACAUUGAUUUUAGUAGUGAUGUACCUAGAGAUUUUGUGGAGGAAGAGAAAGAAGUGGUUAGAAUUAGUCUGCUGCCAAGAGAGCUUUGCUAUUUAUAUGACAAUCCUGUGAAUACAUCAAACUUGGCUAAGAACCGCAUUGCUUGUUCCACUGGGUGUGGUUUCCACUCUGGAGCGCCAAGUCUUGUCCACGAGCACACAGGCCACUGGUCCAUUGUAGCACUCUCACAAGGUGGGGCACCAUGUCCUGACCCUCUCCGUGUUCGUCGCCCCCCUCCCCCGCCCCGGCACAUAAUCCUCCAUCCCUACGUACCCUGGAUUACUGCUGCCAUCACUGGUAAAGCUGUGGGAGCGUUCGCUAAAGAUGAUCCAUUUGGAUUUAUGAUGCCUCGAGCGUCGUUCCACGAUUUGAUCGGACACGAUUGGAACGGCCACUGGUGGAUGGGUGGGCGGAGAUGUUUCGACAGAGGAGAAGCAGCUGAUGACAUGUUCCGAUUCUAUCAUGAGAUAUUCCAAGUCAAGCCCACCAUUUUGACUUACCUCAGUUAUUAUCUAGAGGUGGAUGCCAGUCACGAUUGCCUUAUAAUUUGCGUAAAAGUUGGUAUGCCGUAUCAAAUUGGUCAACCUAAGGUAACGGAAUUGGAUACUCCGGUAGUCAGGGUACGGAUACCCACAGUGACAUUCAGACAUCUGUACAAGUUUCAAGUUGAAGUUUGGGGAUACAAUGCAACCGAAUCCUCGACCAGCUCAGGUGCAUCUUCCUCGUCACCCGAAGAACCAUCGGACGAGGAUGAAUAG